CUCCCGGGUCGACUCCGCCUUGUCUCCAGUCCUCCUCCUCCUCCUCCUUUGCGCCUUCUUCCUCCCUCAGCCUCCCAUUGCGCGCCCGGCGUUGGUCAUUGCUCUCCUCCCAAGAAGUAAACGUCUUCUGAUUUCCUGGUUGCAGUCUGCGUCUGCAGUAAUCGAAUGCAUGCUUGACUUGGCAGCAAAUAACAAAGUCCAGCAAUAUCUGCCCAUCCUUGAUAGUUUUUGAAUACAGAAACAUGGGGAGAAAAGAUGCUUCUUCUGCAAGGAUACCUGUUGAUCAGUACAGAAAACAAAUAGGAAAACAAGAUUACAAGAAAACCAGGCCAAUGUUAAAAGCAACGCGAUUAAAAGCAGAGGCCAAGAAAACCGCACCAGGCAUAAAGGAAGUCAGCCUCAUCCUUGCAGCUAUAUUGGUCUUUCUAUUGGCGUGUUAUGCUUUCUUUUACCUUAAUCUAUCUGAAGAAGUUGACCUUGAUCUGGAGCAAGAUGAAAACUAGAAGUCUCUACAAAUUUGCUUCUGAAAAAAAGCAUAACCUUGAUCAUCAAGAUCACAAACAAGCAAUCUACUCACAGAGAUGGAUAGAACAUAAACUACUUCCUUCCAUUCAGAAGCUAAGAAUACUUAGGAGAAUACCUCAGCCUUAUGGAUUUUUAUGAGUUUCAUCUGAGUUUCUGACUGAUUUACUGACUGAUAUUGACUGGUUUUUUAAAUUUGGGAAGCUGAAAAGAUUUGAUUCAAGAGAACAGUUUCUUACCUGAAUUAGCAUAGGAUGUUAGUGGAUAAUUCCUGAUGUCCUUGAAGCUUGCAGGACCAUUUUGCUUUUUUUGAAAGGAUGACAACAAAUAGAAGCCAGGAUCAAAUACGAUGAACUAGCAUUCAAUGACAUUAUGCUCUCUUUGGGCCUUGUUCUGUUAUUAGUACUGUUAAAUUGAAUUAAUUACAGUGAGAAAGAUUCAGUCCUAUAUUUACUGCUUAAGAUCGGUAGAAUUUUAAAUAUAUUUAACCUUGCCUUCAACAUGAUCAGCAUUUGUUAGAACAAGAUCCGAACGCUACUGUUUACUUUGCAAGGCAAGACCUGGAUGCAAGCUAGUGAACCGAGAAAUCGCUAUUCUAUGCAAAGUCUUAUCCAUACCAAUGCCACAAAGAAUUCCUUCUUGCAUUACUAGGCAGGAUGCCAAGAAGCACAUUAAGGGACCAUUAAUUUCAAUGGGAGAGUGAAGCACAUCUAAAUCCCAAUCAGAAUGAUGACAUUUCAAAAUGGUUAACUCCAGCUGGGAGUCAAUAUCAGUAUCAACUGAAAAAUGUAGAUACUAUGCUGUUGUCAAGACCCAAAACUCAGAGGUGGCCCUGAUAUGCAAUACUGACAGUGUCUGUUGCCUUCAAUGGGACUUUCUUCCAAAUGAUUGCUCAUAAGACUUCAGCCAAAAUGUGUUGUAACUUUGCAACUGCAGAGAACAACUAAGCAAGCAAUCUUUAUGCAGUGUUUUUGUUGUUGCUUCUGCUGCUGUUUUGUAAAUCAAUGUGCAAAGACCACCUUGAGUCAACUAUCUUGAGUUUCCCUAAGGAGACAAAGCUGGGGUUUUAAUUAGAAAACCAUAAAAGCAUAAACAAAAAUAAGUUCUGAUAACAGAAACAUGUGGUGCACUUGGAAUUCUUAUCUAAUAGUAAAUUAAAUUGCUUAAGGACAACCAUUGUGGGAUCACAAAUAAAAAGGGAGGUUUAAGCCAACUAAUUUUAAGGCCAGAAUUACCUAAAAGAGAAAACAUGCCAGGCUUCUCUGCCACAAGAAGACAAGGGAAAGGCCACCUACAAUCAAUGCAAGUUCUGCUGUAAUUUCGGAUGGCCGCUUGAGUCGAAUAUGAAGAGCUUUUGCUUGAUAAAGAUUAUUUGGAGUCAACUGUGAUCAACAUAGAUGAAUCAAAGCCUCCAAGUUAUCAAGAAGUAUCAGUAGAAAAAUAAAUAUGCUUUAUUUGUAAUUUCCACACAGUAAUCAGUACUUUGUAAUCAUGGCAAGCUUUCCUGCUCAGAAAGAGCUUUCUGUUUUGUUUUGUUUUUUAAAAAAAAUGGGUGCAAGUUUAUUUUCAGCAUCACUGCCGUGUGUGUAUGUGUGUAUCAGCAGUCAGCUUUUUCAUUCAUUGCCAACUGUUCAACGCACAUGUGUUCUGUCAGAAAUGGCACCUGGAUGACAGAAGCUGAAGCAUUCACAUAUGCCUCUGAAGCAGAGUUCGUUGCCUCUUGGGCUAUCUGAAAGAGUGUAAAUAGAAAGUUCAGUCUGUGUUGAUUUUAAUUAGUGCAUUGCUUCAUUAAUAUGAGGUUGAAAUUCUGUUUUAAUUAAACGAUUGCUGCUGCCUCCAGUCUCUGCAUGGAAGAUACAGGAGUGUUGUUUUUUUACAAUCAUUUCUCCCCACUAUGCAGUGUUUUCCUUUGAUGAUGAUGAUGAUGACGACAACAACAACAACAACUUUAUUUGUAACCUGCCCUAUCUCCCCAGGGGGACUCAGGACAGUUCUAAUGGUGGAUGGAAAACCUUUUCCAUGCAUAGUCCUAGUAAAUUAAAACCACUGACUUCAUUAUUACUCAGAGAGGCUCAUACCCCAAUGAACUCAGUUCCAAAUGGAAUUAAAUAGUAUAAACAACAACAUCAUUUGAAUAUAGAAUUAAGUCUGACAUUUUUUUCUUUUGUGAUUCAUUUUCUAUACAUAUCCGAUUCCUGGAAAGAUUGUUGUUAUCAUUGUCAUUGUGUGCCUUAGGGUGUCAUUGUGUUUUUCCUCUAAGUCAUUUGCCCUUGUGUUUCAUUGUGUGCUUGCCCUAAGUAAUUCCUGACGUAGGGCAAGUAACCAUUUAGUAUGAGUUUUUCUUGGCAAGAUUUGGUCAGACGGAGAUUACCCUACACUUCCUUUGGGGUUAAGAGGAUAUGACUGGCCCCAGUUCAUCCAGUGGGUUUCCAUGCCAGAGUAGAAACUUGAACUUGGUUGCCAGAAUCAUAAUCAAAUGCCAUUACACUUUGCAGCUGCCCUUUGGAAGGAUUAUUUGAAAAAAGUUACUUGAAAAAAGUUGUGAUAGUUCAAAACAGCAAUGUUUCCAAGCUCUGGUUAUGAUGUAUUGAAUCCUGUAAUCCUUGCUGCUUCUGAAACUAUUCAUUCAGCUGGGGUUCCAGAACAAGUCCAAGUCUUGAUCAGGAUUUGGAAGCUUAGUAGGUACUGGGCUAAACCAACAUUGUGUUGCUGGGUGCAACAGAAUAUUCUUCCCCUCCCUUCCCUUCUCCUCUGAAAUCUGCUAUUCCAACUGAAAACUGGAUCUGGGAGGUCCAGCUAUCCCUGGGGUCAGUUUUAGGCAAGUACAAAGAGAGGGGAGAUAAUCUCUUCCCAGCUCACCGGGUUCUACUUUGCCACCAGCAGAUAUUGGCUGUUUAAGAACCUAUCACACAAGGCUGGUAAAUCGCAAUUACAACAGAAUAAUAGUGUCAUUCCUCUGGUGUUCUGAUGAGAGACUAUUUGGUAAACUUUUUUAAACAAACCAAUUCAUUGAUUAUCUCCUGUAAAAGAAACGCUCUCCAGUUACUUCCUAUUAGGAGAAGCAGAAUAAUAUUAUGUGAUAGAUCUUGCUGUUGUCCUGUUGUAAUAGUGCUUUUGGUGCCUUGUAUGAUGAGGCUUUUACUUUGCUUAAUUGAAAUAAUGCAGACUUUUUUUGAAAAAUAUUCUUUUGAUCAUUUGAUCAUAAUACUCGGUUCAGUUUAGGGGACCAACUGACAUUUUAAAAAUUGCUGCAUCUUUUUUAAAAAAUAAAACAUUCCUCAAGCUGCAGUCUUAAACAGACCUGCCUGGAAGUAAACCUGUGAAAAUGCAAUGGGAUCUAAUUUUUAUUUCACUUGGUGUAGUAAUGGAACAAUUUUACAGUUUAGGAAAUGGUAUUUUGGCAUUUCAUUGCGAUUGCAAACAUAGUUGGUAUUGGAACAACUUCUAUAAUAAUUUGGUAGUUAACCCUCCUUUUACUUUUGGAAAUGAAACUGGCAAAUCAAUAAAUUAUAUGAUUGUAUGAGUAUUAUUUUCCCCUUUUCAACAGAAUAUUAAAUACUUUGAGGUCUUAAUUCGUACAGUUUAACCGUUGGCACGUCCCAAUCACUAAGAACAUUGGUGAGAUCCAGUAUAAUGACAACAGAGGGAAAAGCCCCACCAGCAUGUUUAUGCUGGAUCUGUCGUUUAAUUAAGAGAGUGGAGUCAUUCAGCAACUUACUGGGAGCUUUCAGUGUAUAUCUCCAACCAGUUUAGUGGCCACUUUGGCUUGGAUGGGUGGGGAGCAGACUUGCACCCAACUAAGAUGUAAUAUUGAAUUGGCAUUAUGAAACAGAAAUGUACUUGCUCAGGAGUGUGCUGGGUGCCUUUAUGUAUAAGCUUUGGAAAGAUACAACAAGGCAUAUGAUCAGUAGUUAACACAAAUAUGGUUCCAGGAUGCACUUACAUCUUGAACCUGAGUACAUGCACACUAUUUAGAAGGUUCAAAAAAGAAAAGUAACACAGAACUUUAACCUUGUAGGUAUAUGGAUACAGCAUGUAUAACCUCAGUUUACAAAACUGUGUUUCUAGCUAUUUCUAACUAUGAUGAUAUUUUAAAAAAUUUAAAAAAUCUGCUGAAAUACACAAAUUAUAGACAAGUCAUUUUGGUGUCACCCUCUCUGAGAAUGUUAGCCAAUACGGUUUGUACCCUCCACAUCCACCUAAUGACACAAUUACCCAAUAUUUAAUCUUGGAGUUUGUAGUUUGUUGAGGCACUGGAGUGCUCUGGCUGAGAAUUCUUAAUAUUUCUUCCCGAAUUGCAAAUUCUAGAAUUCCACUGAAUGGAAUCAUGACACUUAAAGUGGAAUAAUAGCGUACAAUUGUAUAGUGUGAAUGGGUCUCUAAUCUUAAUGAUCUUUCUCUUUCACUGGGGAUAAUGGUUUGUUCAAAUAUUUUCCAGCUUUGCUACCUCUUCGAUUUCUCUUGCGGUGGAGGGUGAAGAGAAAGAGAAAGGUUUUCCACAUUGGCUAGCAAAGUCAUGCAAAGCAUUCCCAAACCAGAAAUAUAUAGCAUCUAUCUUUGUAUGCUACUAUUUUGGUUACCUCAGAAUAUUCAUGUUUUGUAUAGUAUGUAUGUGUGAUAUGUAUAUAAAUGUUUCAAGAAGAUGAUUUUAUAUGGCAUAAUAUUAAUUGUACUUAACUGAUAGCAACCCCUCCUGUUUUAGUAUCAAAAGCCAAAUUUGUGGGGAGACAAGCUUACAUUAGGUACCAUUGUUAGGUAACAGAUGUCUCGGCAUUAUUUUGUAGUUUGCUUGGAUGAAUAAACAUGCGCAACAGUGAAAUGUUA